UGUGGGAUGGAAGGAUGGAAGGUGCUGUCCUGGUGGUGCUGUGGGGCUGCAGCCCUGCUGUUCUGACAGCACUUUUCUCCCCUCAGUUCUGUCCCACCAAGGCCGAAGCGCGGAGGAGCGCCGCUAAGAUCGCGCUAAUGAACUCCGUGUUUAACGAGCAUCCCUCACGGAGGAUCACAGACGAGUUCAUCGAGAAGAGCGUUUCGGAGGCCCUGGCAUCCUUUAACGGCAACCGGGAGGAGGCUGAUAACCCCAACACCGGCAUCGGCGCCUUCCGCUUCAUGCUGGAGUCCAACAAGGGGAAAUCCAUGCUGGAGUUCCAGGUACGGCUGACGGUUGGGCCGUGCCUUCACCAUAAGAGUGGGGCUCUCCUCUGAACACCACUCCGGGUUUCCAGCUCUGCUGUGCCGGCAGUCGGCGUUGGGUUUCUCUGUGUGGAGCUGUUUGGUGUCUGUGGGACGGCAGUGUGUGUUUGCGGUGCCAUCAGUGCCAUCAUCGGUGCCAUCGGUGACACAGCUGGGUGUGCAGGCAGCCCUUCCUUGUGCAGCUUUUGUCCUCUCCUGCAAAAGGAGAGAGACCAGGUAGAAGGACCUCAGUGAGCACCAUUCACUGCUCAUUAUGAUUAGUGCUGCUGAUUGCACAGAGCUUGCCCUCUGAGCUCUGCUCCCAUCCCACCUGGCUGGGUUUGCGCCACCUCCUGCUGCAUC